GUUUCUCUCUCACUUUGAGGCCUGAGCUUUGCCUUCCAUCGAGUCGUUCGUUCCCAUUCGAAAAUAAGAGUGGGAAGGAGAGAUCUUGCUCAGAAUUUCGCAGAUGGAUAACCCUAAGAUUCAAGAAGUCAUCGAGAAGCAGGUAUUGACGGUGGUGCAGGCGGUUGAGGACAAGAUCGAUGAGGAGAUCGCGGCCCUGGACCGACUGGAUGUCGACGAUCUGGAGGCAUUGAGGGAGCGGAGACUGCAGCAGAUGAAGAAGAUGGCAGAGAAGCGGAGUCGAUGGAUUUCUCUCGGACAUGGAGAAUACUCUGAGAUUCCUUCUGAGAAAGACUUCUUCUCCGUCGUUAAGGCCAGUGAGCGUGUUGUCUGCCAUUUCUACCGUGAAAACUGGCCCUGUAAGGUCAUGGACAAGCACUUAAAUAUUCUGGCAAAGCAGCAUGUUGAGACACGGUUUGUGAAAAUUAAUGCUGAGAAAAGUCCGUUCCUGGCUGAGAGGCUCAAGAUCAUUGUUCUUCCAACUCUCGCCCUCAUAAAGAAUGCCAAAGUUGAUGAUUAUGUGGUGGGAUUUGAUCAACUUGGGAAUACUGACGAGUUUAGCACGGAGGAACUGGAGGAAAGAUUGGCUAAAGCUCAAGUAAUCUUUUCUGAGGGUGAAUCAUCAGUUAAUCAUGCAAGGUCCCAUGCACAAACAAGAAGUGUUCGGCAGAGAAGUAGGGAAGACUCAUCAGACUCAGAAUAACUUGCAUUUCCUGAUAAUUUGUUUAUAACUGGUUCUCCAGGGAAACUCACCACUUCGGCGAUGUCUUCAAUAUAUGAUCUCAUCCACUUCCUUGUUGGGUGACGGAGAAAAUUAGCCAUCAUGAUUCUACAUGUUGUGCUUGAUUCAGAGAGGAUCAUACUUCAGUGAGAUCAUUUGUUAUCAUCACUUGGUUAUGUUAAGGAUGUUUGUCACAUUAGAAGUAAAUUUGCGCGUUUUGAGAUGGACGAGUUCUUGUGAUUUGCAGUUAUAGUUGGGAACCAUUUAUCAGCAAGGUUUCCUGUUCUGUAUGGCCUGUUGACGGUUGAACGUAAAAUUUUCGUUGUUGCAUCAUAUUUGCCCAGUCUUCCAUUUCUCUUCCUAUUUACACUUCGUGACUCUGUUAUAAUCUUUGGCUAUUUUGUUUGCCAUGUUAUAUGUAUUUUCAGUUUCUUCCUUCUUGAUA